AUGUCUACCAGUUUCGGGGAAAGAUUGCUUGGGGAGGUACACCAGGAGGGACUGCAUGAGCUUUUACGUGACCUGAGAGACCUGGUUCCUCGAGUCGAAGAUGUCUCAAGACUGGGCGUCCAUGAUCUGGAUGCUCUUCUGGGGGUGUUCAUGCCGUCACCUGUGCUGCCGGCUCUUUCUCAGGCCCAACGCAAACCUCAGGACUUGGAACAGGAGAUGAUUUCAGAGGACAUCGACGAGCAUGGGGACCAGCACCAAAAGAUGGACGUCGAUGAGACUCGGACUGUCUCAGCUGGAGCUUACAGACUUCCUGUACCUGCUCGCGUGAAGCGAGGAGACCCGGUGAUUGAGGUCUCGAGCACCUCAUCUGCAGCUGGCAAGACUCAGCUCCUCUAUUACCUUACUGCCGUUGCCGUUUUGCCAUCAACCUACAACGGAAUCCGGCUUGACGGCCGAGACUCAGCGGUCGUGUUCAUCGACACAGAUGGCCGGUUUGACCCUCAACGUCUCCGAACGAUUGCUCUUGGGGUUAUCAACAGGAGGCUCAAAAACCAUGGCAACCAGAUCCCACAGGACGUAGCACAGGCGGAAACAAACCCAUCGACGCCUACGCCUGAACAGCUGGAAACGAUCGUAAGGACCUCCCUGCAACACGUCCAUGUUUUCCGCCCGCAAUCUUCAUCGUCUCUCCUAGCGACCUUACAAAACCUGGACACAUACCUGCUUGAUACCCCGCGCCACCUCUCUGCCCCUAGGCCGCUGCACGCCAUCUUCAUCGACAGCGCCACUGCGUUCUUCUGGCAAGACAAGCUGCACGACGAGGUCGCCCGCACAGAGAACAUCGGACGACCUGCCGCCGAUCUCGAGCUCGCGCGGGACCAGAAACGUAUCUUCUCUCUCGCGGACGUCUACGCGCGCCUGGUGCUCGAGCUGAAGAGACUGCAGACACGUUUCAGCUGCUCAGUCGCCUAUACAUGUACUGCUUCGGGCGGCCGCUCGAUCCCUGAUCCCCAGCGCUACGCCCAGCAAGCACACAAACCUUCGGGUCCGUUUGACCCGUAUCAUCCUCCUGGCAACACGGCUUCGAGUGUGCUAGCGUUCCGCUGUCCGCUUCCGCCUCCCUGGGGUGGGUUCCCGACGCUGCGGCUGAUCGUGCGUCGGGAUGCCGUGCGUCCGUUUCCGCCUAUGGCCACGGUUGGAGACGCUCGGCGGGAGGCGGCUCUGCGCCAGAAGGUGGUUCUGCAGGGUCGCUUCGUGGGGAGGGUUAAUGAAUGGGGGCGCGAGGAUUGGCCGCGGAGGAUCAUAGAGGAGUUGCGAGAGAGAAGCCAGGGGGUGUUUAAGUUCCAUGUGGGCAGAAAUGGCAUUGAAUUCGCGUGA